GUGGAUAAAAGGUUUGAGUUUCCAGAUUCUGUGGACUCUGUAAAACUUUAGACGGCGCUAUUUCAUAGUGUUUGUCUUUUCGUACUCAUUGCAGCUCAUCAUGUCCGAGGUCGUCUCACAGGAGAAGGUAAAGUCUAGGGUUGAAAAGGAGGGCACUUAUAUCGUGACCAAACAGGUCCGACCCGAGAGCGAGGAGAGUGGUAGGGACGCCGAGCGCGACCUCAAGACCGCCAAAGAUGGCAAAACGGUCUUGAUUCCCCAACCAUCUAACGAUCCAGAGGAUCCCCUGAACUGGUCAUGGACGAAGAAACAUGCUGUCUUCCUAGCCUUGAUACCCGGGUGUCUGCUCACAGACUGGGUCAUCACCUGGGGAGCCACUUUGUUUGAGCAGCAGGCUAUGGACUGGCAUAUGAAGGUCCCCGAUGUAGCGAAUUCAAUUUCUGGCGCUAUCUUUAUGCAGGGCCCUGGUGGACUCCUUGCUGUACCACUGUGCCAGCGAUAUGGCAGAUUCCCUGUACUCUUCUGGUCGCAAUUCCUGACCUUAGUGUGCUCAAUUGGCGCAGCCCUGGCACACAACUAUGCCGGAUUCACCGCAUGUCGCACCUUGCAGGGCUUCUUUGGGGCCCCACCGCAGGUUAUCGGCCUCUCCAUCAUCCACGACAUGUUCUUCUUCCACGAACGUGCUCGGAAGGUCAACAUCUGGGCUUUCUCCUUUCUCCUAGGCCCAUAUCUUGGUCCAUUCAUCUCCGGUUUCAUUGCAGAGAAGCUAUGGUGGAGAGAUAACUUCGCUGUUUUGUGCGGCUUUUACGGAUUCUCGGUCUUGACUAUCAUUUUACUCGGCGAUGAGACUCUGUACGACCGUAAUGCAGAGAGAAAACCGAGGCAGAAAGGCAUCCUGGGCCGGCUGUCGCUCUUGACUGGAGUCACUGGGUUCCAGGAGCGCGAUCCCCGUCCAACCCUCUGGACCGUUCUCAAGGAUAUUUUUGGCCUGUUGCUUCGACCAUACCUUCUCCUACCGACGUUCGGCUUCGUCACUUUCCUCACCAUGUGGACAAUCGGAAUCGUAUCCACCAUCACACAAUUCGUGGCUCCCCCACCAUAUCGCUUCUCCCACGCCUCCGUGGGCCUGUUAUUCUUCGCCCCGAUGAUCGGAACCCUCUGCGCCGAGCUCUGGGGCCACUGGUUCAAUGACUUCCUCUGCCAGCGCUACAUCCGCACGCACGGCGGAAAGUAUGUCCCGGAGAACCGUCUCUGGGCCGUGUAUCCCGCAUGGCUCAUCGGCAUCAUCGGGCUCAUCGUCUUUGGUCAGACACUGCAGCACAAUCUUCACUGGAUCGGCGUGGCGAUUGGUUGGGGGCUCAACUGCUUCUCCACGCUCGGAACCACGACGGCCAUCUCGGCGUAUAUUCUGGACGUUUUCCCCCAGCAUUCCGCAUUGGCAAGCGCGUGGAUCUGUGCGUUCAGGACGGUCGGUGGGUUCACGGUGGUGUACUUCCAGCUCAAGUGGGUUAAUCUCAAUGGGCCAGGUGUGGCGUUCGGGUGCCAGGCGGCAAUUGUUGCGGGUGUGGUGGCGUCGAUCGUUGUGACGCAGGUGUUCGGCAAGAAAUGGAGGGCGAAGUUUCCUGCACCAGCUGCUGAGAACUAAUAUUAAUUGUAGGCAAUGGGGAAUGGAUGGAAAACUUCAUGGAAGUGUGCUCAUCCAGAAUUAAGGCCAAAUUCUCCAGCUUUAGCGUUAUGAACCUAGUCCGGGGAUGGAUCGGCGUUCAAAGUGCGGCUUUGCUCUCCGAGUAAAGGGAAUUCUAAGCAAUGUUGUUAGUUGUCUAGAAUGAGAUCAUCUGGUAAUUGGCAGUUCGGAUCAUCGAGUAUGACAUUCGGUCACACCUAGGGAUUCGGGAGAUGGGCGAUAGGAUAGUGAUCUUGUGACCAUCGACUAUCUCCAGGGGCGAGAACCAACCGGUGAGAACUGAGGAGGCGUCGUCGCUCUGCAGUCGCUAGAACCACGA